CACUACUAUAAAACACAGGACAAGCACACUCGACUGCUAAAAUCAUGGCCUCUUGUUGUCGUAGCUGGGUAAAAAGGACUUUAAUAGUCGUCGCUCAAAGCAUGUACCUAUAUAUUCUACAGAAUGUAACAAAAAUAGUGAGGAUCCGUUAAAGGGCAUAUUCGGUAACGGGUUAUGAUUAGCAAAAAGUAGAAGACAAAUUUUUGAAGGCGCGAUUUUUCUAUGGGGCAGGUCAUCCGUGUCGUGUCGACCAGCCCUCCAUAUAAAGGCCAAAAGUUUUUCUCGUCAACUGCACUGCAUUCGCUUCCCACGUCGCUCUGAAGUUUGAGCGAGACAACGCUAUGCGCCUAUUAUACAGACAUCCUUCCCGUACGUCGGAUCGGAUGCAGUGUGCUAUGCGCCUAAAACCAUGUCAUCAACUCAUCAUGCAUCAUGCUGCCUACGUUACGGUUUCCAUAACAACUAUUAUGAUGCAUAACUGUAAGUCAUGUUGUGCACAAUUCAACUUUAUGAAUAAACGUAAAACUAAUCUCAUAACUAUAAGUUAAUGAGUGCAGGUGAUUAUAAUAAUAUUUAUUUUAUAAAUAGACUCGAGCAUGUGCAGACUUCGGAACGUAUCACGAGAUUUUGACAGAUUCCGUAGCGCAAAAUGUCAUUCAAAGUGUUGUAGGUUAUGUUGUCUAUAUUUUAUAUAAAAUGUAAUUAGUAACAUAAAUUAAUAGUGCUGGUGGCAUAAAACACAAUAUGAGCACUUCACCCACCAAAAGCAAACAGAAGCUGUCGUUACGGAAACGGUUGUUCGUUAAAAAGUCACCCAAAGUUGGCUGCUAUGUCGAUACAGAUUCCAAUGAUGAGUUUUCUCAGUCAACGUCUCGUCCGAUUUCCCCGGCCGAUCCAUUCCUUGCUCAUAGUCAGUUACAAGUCGAUACGAGCCUGGAGUCUAUCGAUAACCACAAAAAUGUGUCGGAGCCGUUCAGCAACAAUACAAGCCAAAGCAGUGAUCACUCUCACAAGGACGACGACACCAAUCCCCAAUGCUGUAAAACAUUCUUCAGAAGAUCUCGGCCGAAGAGUCUAGUAGAAGCACAAUCAAAACCUGACGCCAAUUCCAGACCAAGCAGCCCAGUCACUAGCAAUAGUUAUAGUGAAAACUCAGUGUCACAAGCCAAGUCUGACGAAAUACCAAAAGUUACUGUUAAGUUUCCAAAGAAUGACGAUCCUCGAAAGUACUUUGAACAUUCAGGGUCCUUUGAAGGUAUAAAGCCAAAGAGUAAACUGUUUGUCAAGAGAUUAUCAGCUGAUCAUUUAAUAACUAAUGACACCAAACCACUCUUUCAUACGUCAUCUCCUGAAAGUGAUAGAAGCAGUUCCUUAGAUCGCAAAAGAAGGGCAAAGUCAACAAUAACCAGAUCUCAUUCCCGUGCGGGUAGCACAGACAGCUUGGUUCGCAACUCUCUGCUCGCUGCUCAGGUGCUUCGGCUCAUUCCCACUCAGGAGGCGAGGGAGAGGAAUUAUUUAUAUGGGCGACUAGCAUCCCACUCCCUUCUGGGCGCUUCUGAGUUAGAACACGUCUUUCCAGAAAGAGAGGUGAAAAUCUUCGUGGGAACAUGGAAUAUGAAUGGCCAAGCUCCACCCAAGGAACUAGCUGACUUUAUUUUCCCGAACCAAGUGAAACAUGUACCAGACAUAUUCGCCAUCGGCACUCAGGAGUCAUAUUCGGAGCGGACAGAGUGGGAAAUAACCAUUCAAGAGGUGCUCGGACCGUCACAUUUACUUCUUCACUCUUAUUAUUUAGGAACAAUCCACUUAACAGUAUUUAUCCGAAGAGAUCUAAUAUGGUUCUGUUCGCUACCCGAAGACGCCAGCCUGUCUGUAAGGCCGGGUACUGCCUUCCGGACGAAAGGUGCUGUCGCCAUUUCGUUCGCGCUCUUCGGCUCGACCUUUCUGUUCGUGACCGCGCACUUGACUGCGCACCAGGAGAAGGUCAAAGAGAGAGUUUCGGAUAUCAAGAGGAUUAUAAGGGCUAUUGAUUUACCAAAGAAUUUGCCGUGCAGACAUAAAAGCAAAGACGUGACAAACAACUUUGAUUACGUCUUCUGGUGUGGUGAUCUAAAUUUUCGGCUGGGUGAACCGAGAGCUGCUGUUUUACGGUGGAUCGAGCAAACAGAAUUCCCGCUGCCCCAUCAUCUGCCGCACGGCCUGCUGCACGCCGACCAGCUGACGGCCGUGCUGGAGGACGGCGCGGCCUUCCGGGACUUCCGAGAGGCGCCCAUCACCUUCCCGCCUACCUAUAAGUACGAUCCGGGCAGUCAGCAAUUCGACACUUCAAGCAAGCAGCGCGCCCCGGCCUACACCGAUCGGAUACUCUUCAAAGCCAGGACUAUGACUGGAAACUCUUCGGCCUUUUCAGUGAUUUCAGGUCUACGCCGUCUGAGCGCAGUCCCAGUCCAGUCAGGGUUGAAGUGCGAACUAUACAACUCUGUGCAGUCGAUAUGUACCAGCGACCAUAAGCCGGUGUGGGGCUUGUUCUCGGCCGCGCUCCGCCCCGGCACUGACGUGGUCCCCCUGGCCGCGGGGCUGUUCAACCGCGAGGUGUACCUGGAGGGCAUCAAGCGGCGCCGCGCGCUGCUCGACCACGCGCCCGGCACGUCCGCCGUCUGCGCCGUACAAUAACCCAACCACAUAAUUGCUUUACUAAAAUAGACGUCCGAUACCACGAAGAGCUUAUAUUGAACUACAUAGAGUCCGCCUAUGCGUCUGUAAUAGGGCUAAGUGAAGGGUGUUUUUCGGCUCAGACCAUCCAAAAAGCUAUUGCAUUUGGUUGACUACCGAAAGCGUGCUAAACGCACUUACUGAAAGGAAUGAAUCCCUUAGGUAAAGCCCAAUGUAUUGUAAGCCGAAUCGCUCGUAUACUACACGCGCCUUGCAAAUCAUAGGCACUACAAAAUGCACGCAAGUAGCUAGCGGUCCUUUUGCGAAUAUGUCGCGAAUGUCGCUCUAGCGGUCGGCCCCUACCCCGGACCUGGACGGACCUUUGUGAUUCAAGCAAACAGUUGAAAUGCAGUUUAAGGUAACAAUGUUAAGUCUAAACUGUUGAUUCGGACACUAUUUUAGUGAGGCAAUUAUUAAUAAUUGAAUUUUUUCUAAAACUUUUUGUUACAAGGCUAAUUAUGUCUCGAAUAUCUUUGUCAGUAUUUUAAUCAAGGUGCCACAUUUGGGUUUAUGUUUAGUUAAUAUUGUAAUAAAUAUCUGUUAUCCUGGAUUUAGGGAACAAUAGGCAUAAUGACGGUUCAGAUGUAGUGAACAAUCCUUUGUCAUUGUAUUUUCUCGAAAACGUUUGUAUUUGUCAUGCUAUUUCAGUGAACCUCAGUACUUUUUAUACUGAGACUGACUGAAAUAGCAUUACUACAUCUGUUCAGUUUCUUUUGAAAUUAAGCCUAAUGCACAAUUUCGCAUGGUAUGCACAAAUUAUUAGCAGUGUCAACAUCAAAGUCAUUUGAUAUUUAAAGGGUUUGGUUUUUAUUUAAUAAUUUGCAUUAUUUAUUGAAAAAUACCUUUGUUAUGUACCAAAAGGUACUUGCGAUAUUCUGUUUAUAUCGGUAUAAUUAAAAAAAAGUUAGGACUAACUGACCUACAAAAUCAUGGUUCAAUAUCGUUAAACUUAGGACUUCUACAGAGGUUAUUUAGUACAAAGUUUAUUUAAUAUAUUUUUAAUAUGUUGCUCAUUUUACAACGCAAUAUUUUAUUUUUGAAUAUUAUUUAUAGUGCAUAAUCGCACAAAUAGGUACUAAAUGAUUAUUUACAGUAUUGUGUUACGAGUAUUGUUUCAAGUUUUGUUAUCUGAGAUAGGCGCUCAAAUAAGUUGGAAUUAAGACACAUGAUAAAGACAUGAAGGAAGACAUUCAAAUGUAUUAAUUUCGUUACAUUUAAGUUGUUUAAGCUGUACCAAAAAAGACAUCGUCUAGUCAUUAUAUUGUUGUGUGCAACCAAGUACUUAAGUACAUAUAUUUAAAAAAGUUGCUUAUUGCUUUUAGUUAGUAAUGGCUUUGUUACGGUAUCUUAGAAGUUGGAAUUUGAAGUGGAUCUCACAAUUGUGUUAAUCCUGAGAGCUAUUGAAUCCCAAUUUGAAAGUAUUUCAUAGUAUUACAAGAUUGACUGUCCAGUUAUUCAGUCUUAAGAUUCCAGAGACGUGUAACUAACAGUUGUUUAAACUCGAAACUUUAUCUAGACAGUAAAGAUGUUAUUCGAACAGAUUAAUUUGGCAACUACUUAUGCGAUGCUUUGCAAAUGUUCACUUAAAAUAAUUUUAUCCCUAAAUUGUGACACUGACCACCACAAUUCCAAACUCUUACCAACUGUGUCUAUUUUUCUAAAAUGUGUUAGUCAUAGUUUAGGUGUUAGUACAAAUUUGUACAAGUAUGUGCAUAAGAUGUCCAUACAAUUUAAAUAUUAAUGCUAUUGUGUUCGAAACAAAUAUUCAAGUAGACAUAGCGCAAUAAAAUAAAAUAAAACUCAUUGCUUAUUUCUUUAUAUUACGUUUUAAAACAGCUGUCUGACCAUUAGUAUUGAUAUUUUGUGUUGUGGUUUUAAGGUGCUUUUCAACGAUGAAGCUAGGCAAGGGCCGAAUUGAAAUUCGAUUCCUAACAAACAAAUCGGCACUAUUUUAUAACACCAGCUGUGUGAUGUCUUGCCUCGUUGUUAAGAAAAACACAAUUACUUUAAUUAUAACAACCGUACGUUACGUUAAUUAUAUCCGUCCAAUCUAUUUAACUUCCAUCUAAAGUAGAUUGGAUUUGGAGUAUAGCUUUCGAUGUAAUCAAUAAUCCUUUCCCAUCGUAAUUUCACGGAAACGCACGAACGUGUCUUUCUAUUUCAGUCAGUCUCGAUACAAAAAGUACUGAGGUUGACUGAAGUAACAUGACAAGUACGAACGAUUCCAAGAAAAUGGCAACAUUGGUUUGCACAAACAUCCUCUCACCCCAAACGCAUAUACCGUCUCCGUUCCGUCGUGGGUAAAAAUACGAUGGGAAAGGAUUAUUACACAUAUACAUCUGUACCUUUUAAUCGUUGCGAUGGGAAUUACAUAGAAAAUGAACACGCUUUAAGUAUUAUUUUUAAGUUACAUACAUUAUUUAAUGUUUCCAAUUAUAUUAGCUCUGUGUUGUACAUGAACGUAGAAGUUAAUUUUAGCAGAUACUUUAUUAUUAUUAACUUGAAUGGUUAGUACUGUUAGUAGCCCAGGUAGGGAAUAAUGAGCUUGUACUAUAAAAGUAAUAUAGAUGUGUGGUGUUUCUGAAACAAUAGUGAGGCUUCGUACUGGAGAGGACCAUUUUUGAGAACUUUUAGGAUUAGACUUCGAUAGGAAGCACAGAUUUGCUGCCAGUUUUUACUAGCUUCAGAUUAACUAACGUAUCGACGUCAUUAUUGAUUCGCCACUUAAUAAGUUACUUAAUUUAAGGAACUAAUCUCCGUGUUAUCUGACUAUGGAGAUGUUCGUAGUAGACUAAUCACUUGAUCGAACCUAGUGAAAACUGCCAGCGAACUGAUCGAUAGAAUAAGUCUAAAUCGGCAUAGAAACUAAAGGGGUCUACAGAUGUGAUGUCAUAGCUCUGUAUGACAAUGCAAUAGCAACCUAUAUAGAAUUGUCAAAUAAGAAUAUAUCGAGUUUGUCUGUUGGUUGGUUGAUGCCAAAAUUACGUUUGUAGACUCAGGAGGAAUCGUUUAUUGUAGUUAUAGAAAUAUCUGUUUGUCGUGUGGUUCGUGUAUAUAUAUUAGAAUAUGGGACGUGCGAAGCCUCGACAUUCUCUGCCUUAAUGGUGUGUAAACAGUACCGUCUGCGAAAUGUUGAGAACAUUUCAAUCAUGUGCUGUGAUUUACUCUGGUUUCUAGUCUGAUGUCCAUUCCAAAGUUCAUAGCGACUAAAUUACCUCUUAGUUCGUUCUAACUAAUCUUGUAACAUUAUCGUUCUCAAUAUUACUAAAACUAUCAGAAGUUCCACUUGCAUAAGCCAAGGUUUGACUGGAAAAACCACACGCCGUGCCGAAUCAUGCUGUCUGUCCCUCUCUUUUGUGUGAGUAGCUAGUGGUAAUCGCACUUGGUUACUAGCAAAGAGUUAUUGAUUGUAGAGGUGUAAAAUUUAGAAAAAUCGUGGUCCGUGGGUAAGUUUUUGUGGUUACUGAACUAUCGAAUAGUGUACCGUAGGCACGUUGCCAUUCAGCACCUACAUCAACUGUCAAAUUUGAGGAGCAUUUUUUUUUUCUUUUCACCUUCUAUAUCAUUAAUACUUAACAUUUUGCCACUAGCUAGUCGCAAUUUGAGUAGAGAGUACCAGUAUUGGUGUGAAAACAUCCGAAUACAAGUGGACCAAAGGUGAUCUAAAUGAUUCGCUAGUAGAGUGUACAGUAGCAUGAUACAUCAGUUUUUAUGUGCUGAGAGUCACUCUAUUUGAUAAAAUAUUAUUGUUGGGAAGAACAAUACUUUAGGCAAGUUUUGGUACUAUCAUGUCUAUUACAUGUAGGUUUACAAAUUUAAAACGUUAUUUACACAUAAAUAUCUACUCCACUAUACUUUUACAGAUGUAGUGAACAAUCCUUUGUCGUCGUAUUUUCUCGGAAACGUAAGUAUUUGUUUGCCUACUUCAGUCAACCCCAGUACUUUUUGUAUUGACAUUGUCAGAAUUAGCAUAACACGUUCGUGCGUUUCCGUAAAAAUACGAUGGCAAAGGAUUAUUCACUUCCUCUGUAACAUGUUUGGCGUACAAUAAAACACAAUUAAUAAUGUACUUGGAGAAGUCAAUUUUCAAGUUUUUUCAAAGAAAACGCUAGUACUUGUGCACUAGCUUUAGUAAAUGUAAGACGGUUUCAUAUCUAUAUGUGAAAUUGCAAUUUUUUAUACCUAAUAUAUUUUUUUUUUUACACAAAUUAAAACUACUAUGAUUUUACAAUGUACUUAGUUCUAGAAAGAAUAGUAAAUUGUUGAAGAGGUUAAUUGAGUGUUAACCAAUCGGUGAGUGGAAAGUAAAAUUGUAGUAGUAUGUAUGUACAACCUAGUAAAACUAAAACAUUGAUGGACUGUUGGUUUAUUACUUUUAUUAGGUGUAGGUACGUACAUCUUAGCGUUACUUUCUAGUGGAGAUUCAGACCAUCUAUGGCCACAUUUCCGAGCAGUAGCGUGAAAAUAAAUGUUUUAGCGUCAUUUCCUAUAACGAGCCUAUGAGCAGUGAACCGUGUAUUUCUAAAUCAAAGAGUUAUUUAUAGUAGAAGAGGUAUAUAGUCUAACUAAAUCGUGCGAUCGUGCCUCGUAUAAGACAAUGUCGAUGUCAAAAAUAUAUUUACACUUUUGCACCUUACUCCUUUGUAAUAAGGCGAAAAAUGUUAACAUAUCAUCAUAAGCAUCAUCGUAACACACACACACACAGCCGUCUGUUCGGCUGUCAAACUUGUACGAUUUUUCUUAGACUUGCACCUCUUCCACAAUCAAUAACUUUGUUCUAUAUAAAUCCACCAGUCUUCCAUACCUUGUAAUGAUGUUUGUAUGUGAACAUAAGAUUAUGCUUGUGCUAAUGCGUAUUGUAUAGCAUUAUAAUAUUAUGGUGACGCUUUUUCAUGCAAGAACAAUAAUAAAAUAAGGCUAUUUUAACUAAUUUCUGGUCUGGUUCUGAAGUAAUCAAUAAUAAUUGCAUUGUUUGACCUAACUGUUAUUACAACUAGUUUGGGUACGUGUUACGCUCAAAAUAUAUAUUUUUGCUUCAUAAUAAAAUUAUUAUUAUUAGAAAGAGAAUAGUGAUAGGUAUAUUAAAUAGCCGUCGUUAAACUAAAACGCUGGUUUUACAGACUAGAAGAUUCAGUCUUUAGUUUGAGGAUGGCACAAUUUUACUUAGUUUGCACAUUAUACUUAAAUGUAUUUUACACCAAGUAGUUCGAUGGAAUAAGUCGUCUCGAUUAUAUUAUAGCGGGUAAUCUGGAGUGAACAGUUGCACACAGUCAGCAGUAGAAGUUUCUAAGCGGACAAGGUGUUCAAAAUGAACUUAAAUCAACUUUAUUCUUAAGGAAAUAAGAAUGUUCGCAGGCUAUAUUGCAGCUACUUCUGCUACUGUACAGUUGCCCUCAAAAAUCCUUGUGUUUUUAUUAUUACUAUGCUAUAUGCUGCUAAUGCAUUUUUAUGAAAUAGCAAGUUUCCAGAGACUUUUGAGGACGACCGUAAAGCCAACUGCAUUGUUUAUAUUUAUUUAUGCCUUUUGCAACGGGUACUGGUACCUACCACCUAAUUUUUGAAUUAUUGAAACUAUCAUUUUACUGUUUUCAAAGAAUUGUAAAAGAGACAUGGACUAAUAAAUUUAAAAAAUGACAAUGUUCAUGAGGCUUGAAAAUAAUAGUUAAACUGGACGUCUUACAAGAGGUCGCAGAGUAUACAUAUACGCCCUAUUGACACGACAUUGAAGCCAUGACUCUUCCUUUUUGUAAUUGCGACGGUCUGAUAUGUGUAUUACAAAGUAUUAUUUUCACCAAAGCGAUAUUUGGCUAGUCCAUAUAUUUAGAUAAUUAUAGUGUUAAGGGGAUAUAAAAUGUUACACUAUUUAAUAAAAGUUUCCUUGCUAUUAAA